AUUCGGCGGCUGGAUGCUCCUGCCUGUUGCUCUCACCGCAGGGACGGACGUUCGGGAGCUGUGGACGAUGGAGACCCUCCGCAGGAGCCUUUCUCGUUGGAAGAGGUACCACAUCAAGGUCCACCUGGCCGAGGAGGAUCAGCUGCUCCCGCUGACGGUGCGGCCGACGGAUACCGUGAUGGACUUGAGAGCUUACCUGGUCCGGGAAGGUGUCACUUCUUGGAAAAAGAACUUCCAUUACAAUGCCCGUCAACUGGACGAGCACGAAACGGUCAAAGAGGCCAAGAUCCAGAAUGGUUCGGUGGUCUUGCUGGUUAGCGAGAAAAGAUGAGACUUACUUGGGGAGCAAUUCCCAGCAUGGUGCCAUCAUUCGGAGGGACGGAGUUUGUCGUGUUGACAGUCAAAAAAAAAAUCCAAUUCCUUGAAACAGCCGGGAAGCAUCGAAGGAGGUGAACCAGAAGGGGCUACCGCUGCGACUGUCCAUCACCCAUCCUGAUUUCCAGAUCCGGCUGUCCAGAUUUCCUUCCGGCCCCACCAACCCAGGGAUGCGGCUACAUCGGGAUGAGCGCAUCAAGCUUCCCCGGUUUUUUGUGUGUUUCCAACCACUCCCUCUUUUGAAUUUCUGGUUUCAGCCACGAGGGAGAAACAGGUUUUCAGGAGGAGAUUUGGCCCAGUUGCUGGUUUGAAAAGGAGAAAUUCAAGCUUGCGGAUGGGCGUGGAGAGGGUGGAGCGGAGGAAAGUUUCGGUUUGUUUGUUUUUUAUAAAAAGUUUUUUAUUUUUUUAUUUUUUUAUAUGCAUGUGGUUAAUGUACAUUCUCUUAUCCAUACAUAAUCAUACAUAUUUUUUUUUCUAAAGAAAGCGUGAAAAUAAGACACUUUAAUGAUGUUUGGGGCUGCUCUUCUACCCUUUCUUUCCCUUCGUUUCACAACAAACCUUCUUCUCCUCUUUUCUCUCCCUCCCUCCUCACCUUUCCUACCUUCUUCCUCCUGCUCUCCUUCCUCUUUCCUACUUCCCCUUCCACUCCCCCACUCCUCUCCUCUUUCCCCCCUUUCUUACCAUCUCCCCUACUCUUCUCCCCUAUCCUCUCCUCCUCUUCUUCCCCUUCCUUCCAUCCUUCUCUCUCCCUCACCUCCUCUAUCUUACCCUCUGUCCCUCUCUUCUUUCUUCCUUCUUUGUUGGGUUCGGUUCGGUUCUGCAACCCAACAAGAAAGACACAGACUUCAGAGGAUCAUUAGAACUGCAGAAAAAAUAAUUGCUACCAACCUGCCUUCCAUUGAGGACCUGUAUACUGCACGAAUCAAGAAGAGGGCCGGGAAAAUAUUUACAGAUCCCUCGCAUCCUGGACAUAAACUGUUUCAACUCCUACCCUCAAAACGACGCUAUAGAG